AUGUCACUCACAACAUGGAUGACCUCUUUCCUCAUUCUCUCGACUCUGAACUUCUGGCGCGUAUUCGCUGCUCCCAGUUCCACCGAACACGAUCUGCUUUCAGGCAAUGACAAGCGGGAAUUGAAGUCGUGGGUCGCCGUAGGUUCAAAGGGACCAUGGCCGUGCAGUGACAGCCAGUUGGAAAAGAUCAAGAGCGCAGUAGACGACGCAAAAGUCCUUGCGAACGCGGCAGUUUCCGCCUUAAAUGACUAUGGAGAGUCCUCGAGAGCCUAUCAACGUUGGUUUGGUGACAGCAUCGCUCAUGGCCUAACUCCCGAAACCAUCAAAACAAAGCACUACGAAAGUGUACUUGCGGAACUACGCCCGCCCACAUCCGCCACUCUCAAACAUCCCGAGCAAGACGGCCCAGACCCAAAAAGACUGGUGUUUGGCUGUCCAAAGGCCAAAAAUCCGUUGUGUCUCAACAACCCCAGAUCAGCUGGCGCGAUCGACGCUGACAAAGCCCCGGUUAACGUUGGCAAAAGCGCGGACGACGGUGACAAAGGCGCGGUCGAGGCUGGCAAAAGCGCGGCCAAGAAUCCCAAACCCUUCACUGUCAAUAUUAUAAUCCUCUGCCCCGUUUUCUUCGAGGAAGUCAGCCAGUCAGAGAUGAUAUCCAACUGGAAAAAGAACGAUUACACACCCUCGGCAGGCUUGAUAAUGCUACACGAGACGCAGCAUAUCUCCGCCAUUGUGGGUGCAGACAGGGUCACUGGAGACAUUGCAUACACGGUCAGAGAUUGCCGACGUAUUAAAGACGAGUACCAGAUUCAGAACGCCCAGAACUACGCAUUUUUCGCUUUGGAUGUGGCUGCAAACCCUCCUCGGUCAAAGGCACCUCCUCUGUCAAAGGCACCUCCUCUGUCAAAGACACCUACUCAGUCAAAGGCACCUACUCGGUCAAAGGCACCGAAGCUAUAG